AUGCACGCUAUCUUCAAGGGGGGAAAGGUCCUCCAUGUCGGCAUCGGCAUCGUCUUCGCCUUCGCGGUCGAGCGCGCCUUCUUGACAUUGUUAGAAGAGGAGGAGCCAGUUCGUACGCAGCCAGAGAAGGUUUCUGUUCUUACUUCAUUAUUAAUUUAUUAUCCACCAGGUCGGUCAGCUUCAGCUAUAGCCGUCAAGCUUAGCGGCAGCCGGACGUCGUCGAUCGGUCGGCACGGCACGCCGACGACGAGAGCGCGGCUGCCAUCCAUGCAUGCAUGCAUGAAUGGGCCGGAUUACUACUACUACUUUUCGCGCUUUCAGAACCAGCUCGAUCGCGCGGUCCAGCAAAAUCAACUGGUCAUGACGGACGCGGAUAUCAUAUGCGCGUCGCCGUCUCGCGAAGUAGACUGCGGCCUGCAGCCGGCGGAAGUUUUCUCAAAGCCACACCACCACUACACCAAUUACCAGACUACACAUUUUCACAUGGCGUCCCAUGAUGCUACCGACACCGCCACCGCCGCCGUUCCAGAGGUGGCGCCUGUGUUUCUUCCCACGGUGUGGGGCGACUUCUUCAUCAACUACAGUCCAGAACCGUUUCAGAUGUCAGAGGAAAGGAUGACAGAGAGGUCCAAUCAACUGAAGGAGAGAAUAAUUGGGUUAUUUUCCUGCAGUACCAUAGUUGAGCAACUGAACCUUGUAGACACACUCCAACACCUGAGUGUAGAUCAUCAUUUUCAUGAACAAAUUGACUCCACAUUGAGAAGCACUCAUGCUGGUGAAUUCAAUAGCUCCAGCCUUCAUGAUGUCGCCCUUCGGUUCCGCAUACUGCGGCAGCAAGGCCUUUGGGUGUCUCCAGAUGUAUUCAGCAAGUUUAAAGACGAAGAUGGGGCCUUCCAUGUUAACAUAACUAACGACCCAAGGGGCCUGUUAAGUUUAUACAAUGCAGCAUACCUUUUUAUCCAUGGGGAGACAGAGCUUGAAGAAAGCAUCUCGUUUGCGAGGCAACACCUCGAAUCGAUGGAAGGUAAGCUUGAGUACCCAUUGGCAGAGCAAGUCAGGCGGGCCCUUCACUUACCACUGCCAAGGACCUUGAAGAGAGUCGAGGCGCUGCAUUAUAUGUCAGAGUACAAACAAGAGCCGAUGCACAACUCCUCCAUUCUGGAGUUCGCCAAACUGGACUUUAACCUUCUGCAGCGUCUCCACUUGAAGGAGCUCAAGGCUCUCUCUAGAUGGUGGAAAAAUCUGUACCGAGAAGUGGGACUAAACUACUCGCGGGAUCGCGUGGUUGAGUGCUACUUCUGGGCGUAUACGGCAUACUAUGAGAAAGAGUAUACAUGCGCAAGGAUGAUUCUCGCCAAGAUAAUCGCAAUAAUAAUAAUGACAGACGACACUUAUGAUGUCCGUGCUACUUUGGUGGAGUGUAGACAGCUCAAUGAAGCUAUACAAAGAUGGGAGGAGAGUGCUACUUCUCUUCUACCAGAGUACUUGCAGAAGUUCUACCUCAAGCUGAUGAGCACCUUCAAGGAGUUUGAGAACGAAUUGAAACCAGAUGAGAAGUGCCGGGUCUCUUUUAGCACAAAAGCGUUUCAAAUAUUAUCAAGCAACUAUCUCCAAGAAGCCGAAUGGUUUCAUCAAAAUCACAAGCCAAGAUUUAAUGAUCAAGUGAAAGUAUCAAGUGUGUGCUCAGGCGGACCAUGGGUAUGUGUUGGGUUGCUAGUUGGCAUGGGCGAUACUGCAACCAAGGAGGCACUGGAAUGGGCCCUCGGUUGCACUGAUGCUGUAAGGGCUUGUGCAGAGGUGACACGUUUCAUGAAUGAUCUUGCUUCAUUUAAGCGUGGAAAGAACAAAAAUGAUGUGGCCAGCUCUGUGGAAUGUUACAUCAGUGAGCACGGCGUGGCAAGUGAGGUUGCCAUUGCCAAGAUAGGUUCUCUGAUCGAAGAUGCAUGGAAGACUACGAACCAAGCACGCUUUGAGCUCCCUAAGCUGCUGCUUCCGGCGGUGCAGCGAGUCGCAAAUAUAAUGAUCAGCAUGCCGUUCAUGUAUGAUGACAAGACAGAUGCUUUUACGUUCAGCAACCGUCUUGAGGGGACGAUUAAGCGACUGUUUGUCAAUCCUAUUGAGUUCUAGACAUGAGGAUGUGGUAUAUGAGUGUCCAUGAAAUCAUCCACCGACAGAAGCACCA